GCUUCCUCUGAAGUUCUUCCUUUGGUCUUCCGUCAGAGCUCAGCUAGCGUGUGUGUCUGUGCUAACGUUAGCAGAGUAAUGUUGUAGUUUUCUUUUCCUUCUUCGACUCUUGGAUGUGUGGAAAUGUCCGGCUUUGAGGAUCUUAAAGCUUUAUUCGGACGGAGGCUGCUCGCUGCGGUUCUCAGAGACCUGAGAGGACGAGAAACCAGAUCUGAAUACGAAGAGGAGCUCCACCGCCAGAGGAAGCUGCUGGAUGUGAUUUUAAUCCCUGAGAUAAAGCUGCACAGAGCAGUGCUUCCUGCAGACUCCCAGCAGCUGUUGGUGAGUGAAGCAGAGAGCCCCCAGGAGGACAAUAGGUCCCCACACAUGAAAGAGGAACAGGAGGAACUGUGGAUUAGUCAGGAGGGAGAGCAGCUUCAAGAGCUCAAGGUGGAUGACACCACCACGCUCCUUUUCGGUUCAGUCUUGUUAAAGAGUGAAGAUGAUGAAGAGAAACCUCAGACCUCUCAGCUUCAUGAGAGACAAAAUGAACAGUUGGAAACAGGAGCUGGUGGAGAGGACUGUGAAGACUCUUCUGGAGCUGAGAGUGAUGACAGUGAUGAUUGGAGGGAUAACGGAGAAGAUCAGUCAGGUUCAAACUCUGUGAAAAAUAUACAUAGGAGUCACAAGGACAAGAAAUCACAUAGAUGCUCUGAGUGUGGUAAAACCUUGUCAACAAGCCAGAGUCUGACACUACACAUGAGAAUUCACACAGGAGAGAAACCCUUCAGCUGCUCUGUUUGCAGCAAAAGAUUUACACAGAAGGGUCAUAUGGAAGAUCAUAUGAGGUUUCACACGGGAGAGAAACCCUUUAGCUGUUCUGAGUGUGGUAAAAGAUUCACCUUUAAAAAUCAUCUCACACGCCAUUUGACAGCUCAUACAGGAGAGAAACCCUUUAGCUGCUCUGAGUGUGGAAAAACAUUUAAUAUAAAAUAUAUUCUGACACAACACAUGAGAUUGCAUACAGGAGAAAAAACUUUCAGCUGCUCUGUUUGUUUUAAGAAAUUUACACAUGAAUGUAACAUGCAAACCCACAUGAGAACUCACUUCAAUGAUGACACUUUCAGCUGCUCUGAGUGCAGUAAAAGAUUCCAAAGCAAUAAAGAUCUGAUCAGGCAUUUUAGAGUUCACACAGGAGAGAGACCCUUCAGCUGCUCUGAGUGUGGCACAAGAUUCAGUCUUAAGGGAGCUUUGACCAGACACAUGAAAGUGCACACAGGAGAGAGACCCUUCUGCUGCUCCUUGUGCAAUAAAACAUUUAGGCGAAAUUAUUGCCUGUCCCUUCACAUGGCACAUCACAGAGGUGAGAAACCCUACAGCUGCAGUGACUGCACAAAGACAUUUUCUUGGAAAUGUCAAAUCAAAAGACACAAGUGUGUCAGAGGUCAGGAUUCAAGUCUUUCUCAUAAAACCUUCAGCUGUUCUGAGUGUGGAAAAAGUUUCAGAGUAAGGCGUGAUCUUGAACGUCACAUGGCACAUCACAGAGGUUUGAAACCCUACAGCUGCAGUGAUUGUAAUCAAACAUUUGCUUGGCAUUGGCAGGGAACAAAGGUGUGCACACUGGAGGGUCAUCACAGGGAACAAUUACUCCUGCUGCUUUAA